AUGUCCACUCUUCAGAUAUCCGAGGACAAUCCAUUCCUGACUUUGAUUACCGAGACGAAUAACGAUGCGGUAAGUAAUAUUCAAAGGUUUGUGAUUAGAGAUUAUGUUAAGCCUCUCUAUCAGGAUCAGUUGCAGUCCCGCUACGAGAACCACCGCGUAAAUCGAAAUGCACAGCAAGCCGCGAAGAUCCUAGCACCAGACUUCGCUGGCUGGGAUCUGGACGAGAUUUUGAUGCGCCUUGACGGUCCUACAAAGGAAGAAGGAUUUGUUGAUCCGCGCAACUGCCUGGUCAUUUGGGCCCGGCCACCAUCUCCGAUUCGCGAUCUUGUAGAGUUUGUGCAAAGCGAACUUAGACGCGUUGCUCCGACCCUCUGGUUCAUGCCGCCGGAAAAUCUCCAUACAACAGUACUGGAAAUCGCUCAUUCCUUGACCGAAGAACAGAUUGAGGGUCUCGUAAAUACUUUGGAGUCAUCACAGAACAUAAGCAGUGCAGAUAUUGCAGACCAUGCAUUCACCCAUCGAACGCGCCUUGUAAAGCCUAUGGUGGGCUUUGAUUCUGCAGCCAUGGCAUUGACCUUUGUCCCAGCUGCUGGAGAAGCUUCAGAUGCGCAACGCAGUAUCGCCGACGAAACCUACACCCAUCUCACCAUUGCUCGGUUCGUCACUCAGGACGGCUUCGUCGAACCAGCUGCAGUGGGAGAGGAACAUCUGAACCCCUCCAAGGUCAAAGAACUGAUUGAUAAAAUUGAAGAAAUCAACCAGAAGCUGCAGGACGAAGAUUGGCCCAGUGAAAAUGGCACAAUCAAGGCCGGCGGAGAAUGGCUAAUUGGCCAGGAAAAGGGCUUGGCCAUUCGCAGAGGUCGUCUGUGGUAUGGUGGUGGCAAUGAUGUGCAGCUGGGAAAGGGCUAUUGA